AUGGUUUUUAUCGUCACCAGACAGACCCUGAGAAGAAAGAUAAUAACGAUUGAUACCCGAGACUUCCCAAAACAAGUAUUCCUUCGCGAUCUUGAUGCCUUGGAAUGGCUAGAUGAUAAACCGGAUCUUAGAAGGCUACAUAACCUGAGAAAGGGCCAGUUUUACUUCGGCGAAUACCUCAGUCAGGGACGACUGGAUAUCAAAGGCAAUUGCGUUCAGAUAUCAAUGCAGCAGCUUAUUGAUGGCGGCCUUUUCACGAGCAUUUGUCCUGCACUGAACCAACCACAGAAUUGGAGUUCCUGGGCAGAAGCCACGAGCAACCUUCGAGGGAGCAUUCUCCAAAACAAUUCUGUCGAUAAACAAAGAAUACGAAAUACCAUUUUCCUGGCCCAAUCAUGCGUAGGAGAUAAAUUCGUUGUUCCUUUCGCUCUUAUGUUACUUUGUUUGCGAAGCGGACCCUCCGAUGAUGAGGUGAUUGCGAAUGCUUUUCACUCCAUUUUCACUGAUGAAGAACUCGAAUUCCAGAGCAUCAAGUACGAUUCCGAGUCUCAGAGAAUGACGGAAUUGCGUCGUUUCCAGCAGCUCAUGGAAGCUGUCAAGAAAGUCCAGGUUGAUGAUCCCGUUGCGAAAAUCACUGAGGGAGUCGAAGCACUGCCUACCAACAAAAUCCCACUUAAUACCCCGAAACGUGGUUUUUCCCAAGUUGGAUUUGCUGACGAAUAG